AUGCAUGUGGACGAAAGUUCAUACUCUAGCUACGACGUGAUCAUUGGACGUGAUCUACAAAACUCACUAGGCAUUGACAUCCUUUGGUCCAAACAAUCGCUAAUGUGGGAUGGAAUUUCAGUUCCCAUGAAAGGUUACACAGAACGUUCUGAUGAAAACGAAGACGAACUUCAAAACAUGUUUGAAGAGAUCAUGGAAAUAGAACAAGAAGAAGAACUAUUUGGCGCGUCUAAACUUCUGGACGCUAAAUACGAAAAGGCAGAUAUUAACGCGGACGUUGAACAAAUGAAUCAUUUAUCAGCGCACGAGAAAACCGCGUUGAAAAGUUUGCUCUAUAAAUAUGAAGAAUUAUUUGACGGCACUUUAGGCACGUGGAACAUUCCGCCAGUUGACUUCAAACUGAAACCAGGAAGUAAACCAUUCCACGCAAAACCUAUGCCGAUUCCACUCAUACAUAGAGACACGAUCCGCAAAGAAAUUGAUCGUUUAGUUCGCAUUGGCGUUCUCAAAAAGGACACUUCCAGCGAAUGGAGCGCUCCUUCAUUUAUUGUCCCCAAAGCGAACGGACAAUGCCGUCUUGUCACGGACUUUCGAGUCUUAAACUCAAUGCUCCAAAAACGAGUAUACCCACUUCCGAAAAUUUCCGAUUUACUUACGGAUAUCAGCGGAUUUAAUUAUGCAUCCGCCAUUGACUUGAACAUGGGAUAUUGGAACGUCCGUACGUAA